AAUAUGCCACUUCAACAGGAAAACUCGGAGCUGAACACGACUUUUAAAUUGAAGGUUAAAUUUCAAAGUGCUAAAAUUCAUAGGCAUACACGAUCCAGUGUACUAUCCCGGGUUCGAAACCCCGUUUUCAGAGUUGAUUUUUGCACCACAACCUGGGAUGCUCCUCCCCCCACAGAUGAUCCGAAUAAUUCCGUAAAUAUGACCUCAAAUCGUGGUAUGACGCCCGCCAAAUCUGGUUGGAAUCCUCACUAUGGGUACCGGUCUCACUUUAACAUCUCUCCUUCCUCUAAAAUCGAAUUUCGCAUAGUGUCUCUGGCGCCCAUGCACGCAUCUAUGUAUGAGCGUUCCGGGGUUGUCAUUGGAUAUUGUCGUCUGUCAGUCCGUGAUGCCCUAAGACAACAUGGAAAUUGCUUGGACGAUGCAGCAUUUUCAUUGGACAUUAGUCCUUUGCCUUCGGAUCAACCCACAGAUGGACAGACGAUUUCCACUCUAGGAACGCUGAAUCUCAUACUCAAUGCCUCUACUCGGGCUAUUAAUGCUGCUCUGGUGGCCAGCAAUGUCAGUCAAAGACCAUCUGUAAGUAAACAUCCAUACGUUAAAAGUCGAGGUUUGACGAUUGAUGAUCUAGAGAGUACUUUUCUUUUCUCAUUUCAGCCGUCAGCAACUCCUUCAGCAACAAAUGCAGCAACUUCUGAGGACAAUCGUUCUUCAACAUCGACAACAAACAAUAACACAACGUUGACUUCGCGACGACAAAGUUCCAGUAUAACAGCUCGCACUCUCCCUCCGUCAACUGCUAUGCGUGCUGAUGCAAACACAGAAGGUUUGCCGCCAUUCUGGGAACGUCGACGAGAUCCCAUGGGCAGGACUUACUAUGUCGACCAUCUCACUCGCAGAACUCAAUGGGAAAGUCCACAACCGCUCCCCAGCGGAUGGGAACGUCGUGUUGACGGCAACAACCGUGUCUAUUAUGUCGACCACAACACCCGAACAACCACUUGGCAUCCACCAUCGGCUAAUUUGCUCGAUAAUAUCACUCGUUGGCGUCAAUGGUAUGAGACGCGUUCGGGUAAUAUGCAUAAUCGCAUGUCAGAAGUCUAUGCCUCUUCUGGUUGGACGGCUGGCUCUCAGCAGGCCGCUGCUCAGAACCCAGGGGGUACACCUGAGGCCCUUGGACCUCUACCUGAAGGUUUUGAACGCAAACGUGAUGAAAACGGUCGUGUAUACUAUGUGAACCAUCGAACUAAGACCACUCAGUGGGAGGAUCCUCGUCAAUCAGCUGCCCCUCUUCCUCCUGGUUGGGAGACGAGAUACACCUCUGACGGCAUCAUUUUCUACGUAGAUCAUAACACCGAAACCACCACUUUCAAUGACCCACGUUGCCCUGGUUGUGUUGGUUUUGAUCGAAAAGUCGCCUGUUUCCGAUAUCUCUGUUAUGCCAACUCCACCGGCCAGAAAUUGGAGAUCAAAGUAAGCCGACGAAACCUUCUCACAGACUCCUUCCGUCAAAUCCUAGCUGUUCCUCCCUCACAUCUCCGUGGUCGCCUGUCCGUGUCGUUUAAGGAUGAAGAGGGUUUGGACUAUGGGGGUGUCCAAAAAGAGUGGUUCUACAAGCUCUCCGAUCAGCUCCUAAAUCCCAUGUACUGCCUGUUCGAGUACGCCAGUGGGAACAAUUUCUCCCUUCAAAUAAACCCCAACUCCUCAGUGAAUCCAGAUCACUUGCAGUACUUCCGAUUCGUCGGACGCUUCAUUGCCCUGGCUCUUUUCCACGGCAAAUUAAUUGAUAAUGGUUUCACGCUGCCCUUCUACAAACGCCUACUCAACAAACCACUCCCUCUGAAGGAUAUACAAACGGUAGAUGAGGAGUAUUACAAUUCGUUGAAGUUCAUUCAGGAGAACUCAGUGGAUAAAGCGGAUUUGGAGUUAUAUUUCGUUGCUGACUACGAACACUUUGGUCAACAUAUUAGCUGUGAACUCAAGCCAGGAGGCAAAGAUAUCAAAGUCACCGAUGAAAACAAACAGGAAUAUUUAGAUUUGAUGGUGAACUGGCGGUUUACAAGAGGAACAGAGGAACAGAUGCAGGCCUUCAUGGAAGGUUUUUCCGACGUCUUUCCACUUCAUUGGCUUCGGUACUUCGAUGAACGUGAACUUGAAAUGGUUCUCUGUGGAAUACAGAAGAUUGAUGUGGAUGACUGGCAGAACAACACAAACUACAAGGAGUACACAGCAACAAGCAAGCAAAUCGUCUGGUUCUGGAAAUUUGUCAAAACGUUGACUCCAGAAAAGCGCGUCCGUCUACUUCAAUUCGUUACUGGAACUUGUCGUCUCCCUGUUGGUGGAUUUAAAGAACUUAUGGGAAGCAACGGUCUGCAGCCAUUUACGAUUAAGCGUGCGGGAAAAGAAAACUCUCUUCCCCUCUCUCAUACCUGCUUCAAUCGUCUAGACCUCCCGCCAUAUCGAACCUACGAAAUUCUUGUUGAGAAGGUGACUCUGGCUAUAGAUGAGACUGAAGGUUUUGGAUUGCAGUAG